AUGUGGACCUCGUCAAUUCAUUCAGCUGUAUGCGGGGCACCGAUAGUACUAGUUCAUAAAAUGGUACGUCGAAAAUUGUUUUUACUAAUCGCUCUACUACUGGUGUCGUUCCUCUCUGUUCUGCCAAGUAGCUGGUGGCUAGCGAAUGUCGUCAGCCAUACACUGUUGCCAUCUCCACCUCCUAGCCAAGACUUAAGGCAGUUCUUAAGAAACAGAAAUCUGCAAAGCUAUUUGAACAACAUACAACUUCUGGCGGAGCCAACUCCUUCCGACUGUGAAAGCCAGUCCAUUAUCCCGAUGAUAAUCUUGGUGUCGAGUCGUCCGCACCAUUUCGAGCAACGUGAUGCGAUCAGGAACACGUGGGCCAAAAAACAGAUCACUUACUUCAUCAUGGGUGUGCAGCAAUCAUCGAGAAACUUCAUUAUGGAGGGCAUUUACAUUGAGGCUGAGAAGCUCCGUGACAUCAUAGUUUAUGAUUUCAUCGAUAGCUAUCAGAACCUGACCUUGAAAACGGCUCUUAUGUUGCAAUGGACCCUCGACAAGUGUUCACAGGUGAACUUCCUGUUCAAAACUGACGACGAUGUCUUUGUCAAUCCGUGGACUCUGAAAACGGUGGCUCGUGAACACCCUCACGCUCAACUCCUUGGCUACAAGAUAAAUAAGUCAAGGCUACAUAGAGAUGUGUACUACAAACACUACAUGCCCCGUUGGCUUCAGCGAGAUGAUAUUAUACAGGAGUACCUGUCGGGGACGGGAUAUCUCAUCAAUGGUGGAUACCUAAGAAAAAUUUUGAACGCUGCGUACAAAGUACCCUUAGUGAAUAUUGAAGACGUAUAUAUAUCAUACCUGGUGGCGAAAAAGACUUUGAAUCUUACACUGACCCACGACAGUAGACUUAGCCCAAAGAAGCCCUGGAUUCCCCUUCGCUGCAUUUACUGGAAUUUGGCAACUAUACACAGUGUGCGUCCUAGCGAAAUUACGAGCAUAUGGUCCAGUGUGAAGCUCGUUGCAAAACAGUACAGAAGGAAUAAAAAUGUCUGCAAUAUUUAUAACUUUUUUAAUAGGGAUAUAUUCUUGUAUUGA